AUGAAGGGAAAGAAAUUGUUGGAUGAUGAUGAGGAAUUUUCAAGAUCGAAAUCACAGAUGGACGUAUUUCCUAAAUGGCAGGAAUUGAAACCUUUGGGUAAAAAUAUUCAUAGAAGAUCAUAUCAUUCAUGUGUGGCUCAUGAGAACUAUCUUUAUGUAUAUGGAGGAUAUGAAACAAACGAAGGAAUUUUGAGUGAUUUUUGCAGAAUUCCAUCUCCUGUUUCUCCAAAGCCCUUUUGUUGGACAAACUUAAUGAAGAAAGCUCCAGAAGAUAAUGCAUAAGAUUAAGUUCCAGGACCAUUAAGAAAUCAUACAGCAGUAGUUCAUUAGAAUAAAAUGUACAUGUUUGGAGGGAAGGAAAACUUGAUGUCACCAACUGCAAGAUUGUGGAUCUAUGACUUUUAGGAGGAAGUAUUUGUUGAGGGAAAGGAAUGCAUAAUUGAUGGCAAGAAGAUGGCAGUGGAAGGACAUUAAAGUUGUUUAUGGAGUGAAUAAUAAUAGAUGGUUGUCUUUGGAGGAUUUUACAGUGAUACUGGAUAUAGAUCAUCAAUAUUAUUUUAUGAUUUAUAGAAGGAAAUUUGGUCAAUGGUAUUCAAAGGAGAUAAUAAUUCGGCAUAAUUUCCAAAAGGGGAGAGCAGAAGCAGGAGUUACAUUAAUUGGAAACACAUUGUAUAUUUGGGGAUUUUUUGGAAAUUUGACUUGGAAAAUAGAUAAUAUGGGGGAUUAAUUGUAACUGAAAAAUCACCAGGAACAAGAUCAUCUACAUCAUUGCUAGUUCAUCCAUAAGGGAUUAUGUUAUUUGGAGGAAUUCAUGAUAUAACUCAUGAGAAAAACGACUUGUGGUUAUACAGAGGGAAUGAGUGGAUUUAAUUGGAAGAAGAUACAAGUAGGAGACAAGUUGCUGAUGAAAUGUUAAAUGAGUCUGCCUUUGACAAAGCUAGUCAGGCAAGACCACAAAAGAAGGAGAAAGGUAAAAAUGAACCUAGAUCCUUUUUAUUGUUGGAUGAUGAACCUAAGAAUUCUCUUCAUUAAAGAAGAAACUCUGUGAAAAAUCUAGAUUAAAAGUAACCCACUGAUACUAACAAUAAUUUCUAAUUAAACAGUAUGGAUGAAUUGAAGAAGAAACGAUUGCAACAAAAGAAAAACUAAAUGCUGGCUGAAUUCGAAAUGAAUGAAGAAGAAAAAUCAAAGUUUAGAAGUUCAUCACCCACAACAGAUUAAAUUAAAAAUUCAAUAAGUGUGAUCACUAAUUAAGAAAAACAAGGAGGAUAAAGAAAAAUCCAAUCACCAACAGGCAAAAAGAAUGCAAUCUAGGCAUCUCUUAGUGGCAAGAAACCAUGUGCUAGGGAUGGUCAUAGUGCGAUUGUAAUGGGUGACAUAAUGAUCGUAUUUGGAGGAGACAGAAAUUUAAUGUCCUUUAAUGACAUCUAUAUGUACUCGUUCAAUUAGAAAUGAUAAUCUUAAAUAACUUUAAUAUUCGAAAUACAAAGUACGUAUU